CCGCUGUCAUGAUCUUUUUUUUGGUUUGUUUCGGGAUUACCGUCGCUCUUUUGUUUUUCUCGUGCACGCUGAAACCGAAAAAUUACCCGCCAGGUCCAUCAAGACUACCGCUGAUAGGAAACCUCCUGGACUACAAACAACAACACGAUGCCGUGCGAUAUCAUCAUCUCGUGUGGACCGAACUGUCGAAAGCAUACGGCCCUGUGAUAGGCCUGAAGUUAGGGCGCCACCUAGUGGUAGGCGUGUGCGGCGCGGAGGCGGUUCGGGAGGUUAUGACGCGUGAGGAAUUCGAAGGAAGGCCCGACGGCUUUUUCUUCCGCCUGAGAACGUUCGGACAAAAAUUCGGGGUCGUGUUCACGGACGGGCCGCUGUGGAGGAAACACCGGAAAUUCUGUACGCAACACCUCCGCAACUUGGGCUACGGCCGCUGCGAAAUGGAAGAAAAGAUCUACAGGGAAUCGAGGGAAUUGGUGGACCUGUUGAAAGAGCGCGGAUCCGAGUCCAUGUUCAUGCAAGACGUGUUUAAUGUACCCGUGACGAACGUAUUGUGGACUAUGAUCGCCGGCCAAAGGUUUAACCUGAAGGACGAAAAGUUGGGAGAGCUCUUACGACUGGUGAAAGAUUGCUUCCGAUUGGUCGACAUGUCCGGGGGUCUCAUCAACCAGCUGCCCUUCCUCCGAUACAUAAUGCCGAAUGGUUGCGGUUACACCGCGAUAAUGCACAACCUGAAGGAAAUGUGGAGGUUCUUGGAGGAAACCAUAAAGGAGCACAAAGAAAGUAAGGACGAGACGCAAUUGAAGAAUUUUAUAGACGUAUUUUUACAUUCAAUGCAACUGAAAGUGGAUCCUACAUUUACGGAAAAUCAGCUCAUGGCCGUAUGCCUGGACUUGUUUAUGGCGGGUUCGGAAACUACAAGCAACAGUUUAGGAUUUUCGGUACUUUACAUGAUACUGUACCCCGAGGUACAAAAAAAGGUGCAAGAAGAACUCGAUCGAGUCGUAGGGAGAGACAGAUGGCCUACGUUAAAAGACAAGGACGAGUUGAAGUACACCAAGGCGGUGUUGUUCGAGAUUCAACGGAUAACCUCCGUUGGUCCGAUGGGCGUGGCGCAUAGGGCGAUCGAAUCCACCACGUUGUUCGGUUACAACAUCCCGAAGGAUACGAUAGUCCUUACGAAUAUUUACAGCGUUCACACGGAGGAAAGCUUUUGGAAAGACCCCUUGGCGUUCAAACCAGAACGAUUUCUAGAUAAGGACGGCAACGUUGUCGUCGACGAAGGACAUUUUAUGCCCUUCGGAGUAGGUAAACGGAGGUGUCUGGGCGAAAUCCUAGCGAAAUCGAGCAUGUUUAUUUUUUUCACCACCUUUUUGCACAAUUUCACGCUGGAGGCCGACAAGGAAUUUUACCCCGUGGCGGAAGGGUUCGACGGGGUGACUUUGUCGCCCAAACCUUUCAAGGCCAGGCUGGUUUUCCGAAAAGGUCCCGUCAAAUACGAGUCCCAGUCCCAGUUGAACGUGAACUGUGGACGAUGGACAAUGAUUUUUUUAUUAAUUUUGACGGUCCUAUCGGUUUCGGCGAUAUACUUCGCCGCGAGUGCGUCGAGAACACCCAAAAACUUUCCGCCAGGUCCGAAACCGCGGCUAAUGGUCGGAUAUCUACCGCAACUUAGGGCUCUGUCUAAGCGUCUUGGAGGGCAGCACCUAGCGCUGACCCAACUGAGCAGGAAAUAUAACACGAAUGUGUUGGGCUUGAAACUGGGCAACGAAUUGGUGGUAUGCGUCUCUUCCCUCAGAACCAUUAAGGCGGUACUGACAGGCGCCGAAUAUGAGGGCAGACCGGACAACUUUUUUUUUAGAUUACGCUCCAUGGGUACCAGAAAAGGUAUAACUGGUACAGACGGACCUCUGUGGAAACAGCAAAGGUGUUUCGUUGUAACUCAUUUGCGAGCACUUGGGUACGGAAAAAGACCCAUGGAGCUACUGAUUAAAGACGAAGUUGUAGAAAUUUUAUCAAAGCUGUCUAAUGGUGACGAUGACGUUGACGUAGACGCCAUACUAGCUCCGGCGAUUUUGAACGUUUUAUGGACUCUUACGACGGGGUCAAGAUUUACAGAUGACGCGCAGCUAAACGAACUACUGGCUCUGUUAAAACUGAGAGCCCGCGCUUUUGACAUGUCGGGAGGCCUAAUAGCCUAUUAUCCCUGGUUGCGACACGUGAUACCCGAACGAAUCGGUUUCAAUUUGUUGCGGAAGCUAAACACUAAGCUGAAAGAAGUCAUAACGCAGACCAUAAACGAUCACAAAGCAAAAUGGAGUGACGGAAACUACGACGACCUUAUCUACGCGUUUCUCACCGAAAUGAAAAAAAACCAAGCGGAUGGAACUUAUUUUACUGAUGAUCAAUUGGUUAUGGUGUGUUUGGACAUGUUUAUUGCCGGGUCGCAGACUACAAGCGGCACACUAAGUUUCGCUUUCCGAAUGAUGAUACUUUACCCUGACGUUCAACGACGGGUCCACGAAUGCAUCGACGAGACGUGGGGCGCCUCUGGGGAAAUAUAUUAUGGUGAUAAACACAGAGCAAGUUAUGUGGAAGCAGUUUUGUUAGAAGUGCAGAGGUAUUGCACGGUGGUGCCCAUUUCCGGACCCAGAAGGGUAUUAAGGAAAACAUAUUUGGAGGGCUAUACAAUUCCAAAGAACACCACUGUUUUAAUAAAUCUUCAUUCACUCCACAACGACAAAUCGCAGUGGCGACACCCGGAAAAAUUUCUUCCCGACAGGUUUUUAGACGAAGAAGGCAAUUUGCUGUCCCACGAGGGGUUGAUUCCCUUUGGUUUAGGUCGACGAAAAUGUCUGGGUGACUCUUUGGCCAAGACAUGUAUAUUUAUAAUAUUUGCGGAAGUGUUGAGGAGGUAUAGCGUCGAGGCAUGCGCUCCUUCUACCGGAAAAACCGUAUUCGGGCUCACGGCGGCACCCGAAAAGUACAAAGCGAAAUUCACGCCCAGAUUUAAGUAGUAUUUUUUUGUAAAAUAUUUAAAGCAAGCAAAAAAUAAAUACAUAC